GCAAACAGUGUAGGGGCCGCUUCCGGUUCGAGCACCCGGAACCGCCGCCUCUAGGGAUGGACGGUCAGACUCUGCGAAAGGCUGACAGAAGCCGGUCCUGCUCGCGGGAGAAAAAGGAGGGUUAUACUGAGGACAUGGUGCCAGACUUUGAUGAGAAGCACGAUGAGUAUUUAAUAUUGCUCCAGCAGAGAAACCGGAUACUAAAGCAUUUGAAAACCAAGGACCCCACGCAGCUGAGGCUGGAGCACCUGGAGCAAGGCUUCUCCGUCUACGUCAACGGGGCCAAUUCUAAGGUGAAGACGUCGCCCCGGAAAGCUGUCCACUGCGACUUCGCCAGGAGUGCCUCACACGCCGAGGGGACGCACGAUUAUGGGCGAAGAACCCUGUUUCGAGAAGCAGAAGAAGCUUUAGGACGCAAUUCACGGACGGCCCCCGGAAAGGUCCAGCGCCGCGGAUGGCACCAGAAAUCUGUGCAGAUCAGGACAGAAGCCGGCCCACGGCUGCACAUUGAGCCGCCCCUGGACUACUCUGAAGAUUUUGAGCCGUGUGGGGAUGAGACCAUCAAGGCCAAGGACGCUUCUGGGGACCAUCCACAGGGUACCAAGUCUUCUACCGGCACCACGCCCUGUGAUUUUAAUUUCUCCCUUCUGAAUGCACGAGGCUGCCCUGAUCCUGCUGUCAAUGUGGACAAAGAAAGGAUCCUCUUAACUAUUCAGGAUGUAAUGGAGCUAAGAAAAAGCCUGGAACUUAGUGUCAAUCGACAAAGGAAACAAAAAGAUGGUUCCAGCGACGAGUACGACUCUAUCGAAGAAGAUGUGCUCUCGGAGCCCGAGGAGCAGGCGCUGGGGGGUUACCCCAGAGAUGACCCUGCCAUUUCCAGCGGGGACUCGGUGCCGAAGGAUGUCCCCAGGGACCAGGAGAUGGAAGGACGCCCUCCCCAGGGCCCAGACACCCUCGUGGUGCUGGAAUUUAACCCAGCUUCCAAAAGUAAUAAGAAGGAAAGGAAUUUGUCUGCUAAGCGGAAGGACAAUGCUGAGGUUUUCAUUCCCAGCAGACCCGAGUUGAACCUGAACCCCCACCCCUCUGCUGUGCUCCCAGACCAGGAGAAGGCAUGUUCAAGACCUGGGAGCCGGCGAGAGAGACCCCUAUCAGCCACCCGAAAACCCGUGCGUGAGGCUGAGGACCGAGAGGAAGACGCGUCGGCCGUGCUCAGGGCCAUCCGGGUGGAGAAUGAGGCCCUGCAGAGGGCGCUUCUCAGCAGAAAAGGGGAGGCCCCCACCAGCGCCCUGCAGGACACGGAGGGACCACUGGCAAAAUCGUGGACCAGUCUCCUGAAGGGGAAGGAAGAGAGCCCUGAGCUGCUUCCUACCCCGGAGGCGGUCAGUGGGACCGGCCAGAGCAGCCCGCAGGAGCCGUCCAGAACAGCAGGGGGAGCCAGAGCCGUCAGCGAGGCCAUCGACAGAAUUGGCCUUCUGGGAGGCAGACAACAACAAAGGCUUCUGAAAGUCCUCCAGACCAUCGAAAGCGACUCUGCCCAUCUCAGCAGGGCUGUUUCGCCGACAGAGGAGCCAGUGCCAGACCCAGAGGACAAACCAAGAACAAGAGGCGGCGUGAUCAAAGAUGCCGUCUACGUGACCAUGGAAAUCCUUUCCAACUGGGGCCACACAGCCUGGGUGGGUCUCACGGAAGUUGAGUUCUUUGACCGGCACGGCACAAAGCUUUACGUGUCACCCCACGACGUGGAUAUCCGGAACACGGACGUGCCCGGGGACCUGGGCCACCUGGUCAAUAGGAGCUUAGCUAGCAAGAAAGAUCCUUCCUUGUGGACGUGCCCCUUCCACCCGCCGCUCCAGCUCUUUUUUGUUAUCCGCAACACGAGCCGGCUGCACGACUUUGAUCUAGCCAAGAUCAAGGUUUGGAAUUACUGGACAGCUGAUGGUGAUCUUGACAUUGGCGCCAAGAACAUGAAGCUUUAUGUCAAUAAAAAUCUCAUCUUCGAUGGCACGUUGGACAGAGGGGGUGGAGAGGGGCCGGCUGACCUGAGCGUCCUGGUUGGCCCGAGGAACGAGAAGGAGGGAAGAAUGGAGAGGGCCCCCUCGGGAGAAAGAGAUGCCUGCAAGAUGGUCGGCACAGAUCGGGAGUGUUCCCAGCCAGCGGGAGCAGCGGUAGAUGUGAAGGUUUCUCUUCAGGGAAAGUCGUUUGGUGAAAAGAUGAGUCCUCCCCGUUGCAGGAAAGACAAUUUGUCCAAGUUAAACGAAGACACGAGCUUAAUAGCGGCGCCAGCCUCGAUGGGCGGCAUGCCCUGGGCUCCCCCCCUCCGCCCAGCUGUGGAAUGCCCUCCCCUUGACCCAGAGCUCUCUCUGAUCCAACAGCUGGAAAACCUCACAGGCAGAAAAGCCUCCGAGACACCAGCAAAGACCCCAUCCUGGCUGCAACCUUCCGCCACAGGGCAGGGCAGGAAGCAGGGGGUCAGGAAGCCAAAACCCCUCUGGCUGAGUCCUGAGAAGCCACUGGACCGGGAAGGCAGGCUUCCGCCAGAUGACCUCAUUGACCCCCGGGAGGGUCCUCAAGAGGCCGAGCUCGGGGACAAAGGCCCCCGGCGUGAGCAAGGGCAAGCGAGCAGCUGGAAUGUCGUCGCUGGGGAGAGAGUCCAGAAAGUGACCCCCACAGUCUGUGACGACUUCGACAUCUUUAAUCAGCCCUCCAACAGAGAGCACCCUGCCAGUGGGAGGAGGGGCCCGAGGAAGGACGCCCUCAGCAGCGGUCCCAGUGACACCCAGCCACCCAGCAGAG